CCUUCUGCCUGAGAAGGACAGCAAGCCUAACCCGACUGGCCUGGGACAGCUGGGGAUUCUGAUGGCAAAGGUGGAGGCAGGGGCAGCCUUAGAGCUCCGGGGACUGCCCCCUGAAAUACCAGAUGAGCUGCUUACUCUGUACUUUGAGAACCACCGUCGCUCUGGUGGAGGACCUCUGUUGAGCUGGCAGAGACUCGGCUCUGGGGGUAUUCUCAUCUUUCAAGAUCCUGCAGAUGCAAAGAUGGUCUUAGCCCAGGCAGAGCACCGACUACAUGGGGUGCAACUGAGCCUGAGGCCAGCCCCACCGCGUGCCCCUGGACGUGUGCUUCUCCAACAAGUGCCACCCGGCACUUCACCUAUGAGCCUGGAGCAACAUGUUCAGGCCUUGCUGUGUGCUGCAGGGCACCCCGUGCAGACUUGCCAUGCCCUGGCCAGUCCUCGGCAGGACUGUGCCCUAGUCCAGUUAUCUGUGCCCCUUUCUGAGGCAGAGGUCUAUGCCCUGGCGGAACAGGCCCAGAAUCUGCCCCUGAAUGGAGCCACCGUGUCCUUGGCCUGGGUGCCCCAGGCCCGAGCAGUACGUGUGGUGGACAGCGCCGCUCCUGUGGACCUCUUGCUCCUGGAGCUCUACCUGGAAAAUGAGCGUCGAAGUGGUGGCGGACCCUUGGAGGGUCUGCGCAGCCUCCCUGGGCAACUGGGCACUGUUGUCCUCUUUCAGCAGUGGCAGGUGGCUGAACGGGUGCUGAAACAGAAACACUGGCUACAGGGCUCUGAGUUGAGCCUUGUCCCUCACUAUGAUGUCUUAGAGCCAGAGGUGCUUGCUGAGGGCAUCUGUGGAGGAGGUCAUUCACCUAUGCACGAAUCUGGAGUCACUGAUCAUGUUCCAGAAGCUGGAGGGCUGGCUGGGGCUCUGACUACGACUGUGGGCUCUGGGGAGGCACCAGGACAAUUAGGAACCCUUCUAAGGGCAGGUCCGGUAGGAGCUCCAGGACAAGUUAUGCCAACUGACUCAGGAUCUGUGAGGUCUAUGGAGCAAGAGGAGCCUAUAAAUCCAGGAACUAUGGGAUCUCCGGAGCAGACUGGUUUAAUGAACCAGGCAGUUAUGGGCUCUGCAAGCUUGGUAGAUCCAGUAGAAAGCUUUACAGAGCUCCCAGAGCAAGUAGGACCCAUGACCUCAGAGUCAGUGGGUAUUCAGGAGCAGGAGGGCAUGGUGGAAAUGGUGAUGUCGAUGGAACUAGGGGCCAUGCGCUUCCUGCAGCUGUAUUAUGAGGACCUUCUUGCCAGCCUGGAAGAUGUUGCCCUUUUCCCACUUGAAGGAGUGGAUGUGACUGGCUUCCGGCUUUGUGGAGCCAGGGCCCCCUGCCAGGCAGCCCAGGAGUUGCUGCAGAGUCUUCUGGGCAGCAUUAGCUGUCACACAAUGAGUGUAAAGCACCCAGGCAGUGCCAGGUUCCUGCUGGGUGUGGAGGGGCAGCACCUUCUUCACAGCCUGGAGACUCAGUUCCAGUGUGUCUUCGGGACAGAACAUCUGGCCAGCGCCACCCUGGACAUAGACCCUGAAAGGACAGAUCCCACUGAGGCCCUCCAAGUCCUCCACGGCCACAGUACAGUCAUCGGUCAGGAGAACGUGAGACUGGAGGAAGUCCGAGAGCUGUUGGCUACCCUGGAGGGCCUACAUGGGGAGGACAGGGAGCCUCUGGAAAUGGAGGAGAAACCUGGAGAGCCAGAAGAGCAGGAGGAGGAAAUCCCUGCACUUGAGGCUGAGGAGGAGCCUGUGGCCCUAAGCACUGGGGUACCUGGGCAGUUAGAAGACGAAGCCACACUGCAGCUGGCAAUCUACCGGUCCUUGGAGUCUCAAAGCCAGGUGGCUGAUCAACUGGAGGCUAUUGCACUAAGGCGAGCCAUGGCCCUCUCCCUGUUAGAGGCAGAAGAGCCCCUGGAUGAGAACACUAGGGGCAGGGCCCAGCUGGUGGUGCACACAUCCUUUGAGCAGGAUAUGGAUGAAUUGAAGCAGGCAUUAUCAAACGCCUUGGAGGUACACCUUCGGGAGGAGACAGUGAGUCUCCAGGGGCGUAUGCUGCCCUCAGAGCUUGGGGCUCGUCUGGAGAGAUGUCAUGAUGUGAGUGCUACCCUCCAUGGUGACCUCGUUGUCCUCCGUGGCUUUGGGGUCCAGCCUGCCCGUGCAGCUCGCCACUUAGCUGCUCUGCUUGUUGGCCCCUGGGACGAGAAUUUGACCUUUCCUUUGGAAGCCUCAAAAAACAACUUGUCUGAGCAGGGGCUGAAAGAACCCUUGGGCAGGCUGGAGCCUCUGGAAGAGAAUUCCAAGGAGUUCCAAGAUGUGGUGCAGGCCUUCUAUAACACCCUGGAUGCCGCCCACAGCAGGAUCUGCAUUGUCAGAGUAGAACGUGUGUCACACCCACUGCUGCAACAACAGUACCAGCUGCAUCGGGAGCGCUUGAUGCAGUGCUGCCAGCAACGCCCGGUGGAGCAGGUCCUCUACCACGGCACGUCAGAGUCUGCUGUGCUCGACAUCUGCGCACACGGCUUCAACCGCAGUUUCUGUGGCCGAAACGGCACACUCUACGGACAGGGCGUGUACUUUGCCAAGCGUGCCUCUCUGUCGGUACUGGAUCGCUACUCGCCUCCCAACGCAGAAGGCCACAAGGCAGUGUUUGUGGCACAGGUGCUGACUGGUGACUAUGGACAGGGCUCCCAUGGUCUGAAGGCGCCUCCUUUGAGGGCCUCCGGUCAGGUGCUUCGCUACGACAGCGCCGUGGACUGCCUCCACCAGCCCAGAAUCUUUGUCAUCUUUCACGACACCCAAGCUCUACCCACGCAUCUAAUCACCUGCAAAAACAUAGUCCUGGGUACCCCCUGAUAACUCUCUUGGUCUCUUGGAUCUCUUUCCUGGACAUUUGACCUAAGAGGCCAGCUUCUGGUUCCCUACUCUACAAAGUCCUUAAGCGUCAGAGCUGCCCACGGGAGUGCUCCUGCCUCUGGCUGGAAAGCCAGGAUGACUGUGAACUGGGGAGGGCCAGAUCUAAUCGGUUCCUUGGCCUGCUCGACCGCCAGGGGUCAGCAGAACACGGCAGGAGGGUGCGCCGCCGGGCACACCCGUCUUGGUUGGACCGCGCCCUAGCGGGGCUGUCUUUGAAUAAACCUGUAUUUGAAACCAGUUAGA